AUGGAACAACCUCACGACAACCAUGGAAAGAAUGAUCUGAGCCGGGCUUCUGAUCAAUCCCUCCCACAAACCAGGCCGGAAGACCGUUUUCUAGGAUACGCCCCUUUUGGAGGAUUUACAAACCAAGCGUACACGGACAUGUCCGAUCAAACUCCUUCAAUUGAAACUGACCCAAGCACUGGUUCCGUUGCGAGUUUGGUUUCAGUAGAAAGUCAUGAAAACCAUAAACUCUACUACUCAUUCGAUGAUCUCGACGUGAAAAUCGACCCUUUCAUAUCGUUUGAUAAUCUCCUCAUUCCGGCGGGGCUUGGGUUCAGUCCAAGAGGCAGUUUCCCGGAUGCAAACUCAUACUGUAUGCCACAGUUCGACGACUUUAUGCCCGAUUUCGAUGUCUCUGGAACCAGUUUCGAUACAUUCGAUUAUCCAUCAAUAUUGCUGACAGAGGAUCGGACAGAUGAUCAUCCGAGUAAGAGUUACGACGCAUCUUGUUCCUGGCGUCCAAACUUCUCGUGCCAACCACAAGUAAACACCAUGGGACCAUCAGCCGACCUCGACACUCGCAGACUAGAAGAUAGCACAGGGCCUUCUUAUACGGAAGCCAGCACUGUUUCAGCCAGUCAUGAGCGGCAAUACAUUGUUGAGCUGGCUAGCGAGAUGCAGAGUAAACUCCGCCAUCUUGUCGACUCUGGAGUAUUGCGAUCUUGGAACUCAACAUUGUCGAGUAUAAUCCGAGUCUUUGCAGUCCGCCUUGGCUAUGAGUCGUCGGACCGAAUUAAUCGCGAUACAUUGCGGAUCAUUCAUGAGAAUAGCGGAGAGCUCGUCAUCCAACUGCAAACCAUGAUGGCAAUACCUGAGACUGGCUACAAAAGUAAUAAAAGCGAUGGCGCCACCGAAAGCCAUGAUGAAAUGUCUGUGAAGGACAAAAUGAGUCUCUGGGAGGGACAACAAAACCUCGACCGCACUCCACCUCCCCAUUACACACAACCAGAGGGACAUGGAGGCACGCGAGACCAACUGGAACUUUCCACAGGAGAGAUCAAUCAUGAAGCGAUACUAAAAAGCCAGGCCUUUGAUUGGCUAUUGGAGUAUUUGGAAAGACAAGCUUCAUUGUGGUGGGAUGACAAUGACCUAGGGACUUGUGUACAGGAGGAGAUCCAGCGAAAGAUUCUCAACCUCUUCACAUUCGAGCGUGGCGAGAAGAACCCAUCAAAAAUUCAAAAGAUCAAGUUUCAGCUUCCCGACUGGCCGCUACCAGGCGGCGGAAGCAAAGAACAACUUUCUCCACAUAACGACACCGCGAAAUCUUUGCGACAAGUCACGCUUGAAUCCACAAUUAUCGUUUGUUGCGCAGAUAAGAGUCAGAUGAUGACUAUAAGAGACUAUAUGAAUCAGACAUGGCCAUCAAGUUGGAAGCAGGCCUUCGAUUUACUACAGUUGUGUGCAGAUUUUGGAGAAACACGAAUUCCGGUUGACACGCCUCAAAUCAGUAAGCACACGCAGGGUGUCACUCCAAUCAGACAGGAUGGUUGCUCAUGUGUUGUAGUUGGUCCACCAGGGUGGCCUGAUCUACUAGCUUCGGUAGAAGAUGGAUGCCUUACUAUCACAGUGGAAGGGCAUCCUUACUUCAUAGCUGAGUAUGGCGAACAACUCGCGUGGCUCUCGGCCGCUUUUGCACAGAACAGCCGGGCUGUUUAUCGCAAACCAACCAUAACUCGACCGAGAGAGAUAGGAUUGGAUGAGAACAUAUUAUGUUUCGACAUUGUUGCAGAAGAAGAGCCUCUUCAGUCAUUACCGUCGCAAGCACGGUGGUUGGCCGAAAUUCUAGGACAGGAUUUCGUAGCCAUUAGAGGGUUUCCCAUCCUUCGACGCCCGGAAGAUUUCCUUGGGACGGAGGUCCCAUGGGAUGGCUCAAAAGCUUCUAGGAAAUUCUCUUAG